AUGGGGGCAGUGGAGCGCCCAGAGAUGGCUGGCGGGUUUACCGACUUCGAUGCCGGUCACCGGGAUCUGGUAGCUGUGACCAAGUACAACUAUUAUGGGAACCGGCUUGUCACGGCAUCUUUGGACCACCGAAUGAAAAUCUGGGACCUCAAGGAUGGCCAGUGGCAGCUCAUCGAUACAUGGCGUGCGCAUGAUGCCGAAAUUCGCGAUGUUGCAUGGAACGGUCCUUUCACAGGCCAGCAUCUUGCCAGCAUUGGAGAGGAUAUGCGACUGAAGAUCUGGCAAGAAGAUGUGACCCAAGCUCCUGAAACGGGCCGGCGGUUCAAAUCCAUCUUUCGCUUGACAGCACCUCAUCGACACCCCUUUGUUUCCUUGGACUUCCGCAACAUUGACUUGGAAUCAUGGCUUGCUGUGAUCACACGCGAUGGCUACUUGAUGGUCUUGGAACCUGUCAGCCCAGACAGCCUGGCAGACUGGCAGACUAUCGACCAGUUUAGAGUUUGCGCAGCACCUGAACGUGGCGAGGAGACCAGCUUCAAAGUUCAGUUCCACCAGGAUCCCACUGAUAUUACACACACAGUGCUCCCAGAAUCGGAUCGAAAGAGUCUGUCGCUCGUGGUAGCAGCCAUGGACACAGUCAAGAUCUACCGUACCGACGCGAACCGGCGCUUUUACCAUGCAAUCGAGUUGAAUGCUCUUGGCGGUCUCGUCAGGGAUAUUUCUUGGGCACGUGGCUCAGUCCGGGGCUACGAUCUCAUCGCAAGCGGAGGCAAGGACGGAAUGAUUCAUAUCUUUGAAGUUUACACAAUUGCUGCCAAUCAAGGAUCGCAAACGGCAAAUUCUCGGAAGGCUGAACGGCGCCAGCAGCAAUCAUCCUCUACCCGAACCACGUCCCAGUCUGGCAUCGGGACCGCCUUGGCCAAUCGCACACCUUCUUCGGCCUCUAGUCGCCAGGCUACUGGAGAUUCUCAGUUCCGCCAUUCGUUCAAACAUGUGGCAUCCCUUGAUAGCAAGCACCUUGAUAUCUGGCAGGUGGACUUCUCCUUUGCUGGUGAUUCCUUGAUGUCCUCCGGGGAUGAUGGCGUUGUUCGGUUCUGGAAGAAGUCGUUGUCUGGGGAGUGGCUUGAGUUUGCUGAAACUGACAUGGCAGCUCAGUGA